AUGGAGAGGCCAGAGGCAAUUGGACUAGAAGGGUGCGCUCCUGGAGAAGGGUUUGUGAAGGUGGAAAAGGUAUUGCUUCCAGAUUCUUCAGUUGCAGUUUGGGCGAACACAACUACCAGUCGUGCAAACUGUGAAAAGCAAUGCAAGAGUAAUUGUUCAUGCUCUGCGUACGCAAUUGUAGAUGCUCCAGGAAGAGCAAAGGGCUGCGUUACAUGGUAUGGUGAAUUAAUGGACGCAACAUAUGAUAGGAAUGACAGAUAUGAUCUGUAUGUUCGAGUCGAUGCCCUUGAACUAGCUGAUAAAUCAAGGAAAUCAAAUGGCUCUCUUGAAAAGGAGUUGCUGACCAUUCUUGUUCCAGCUGUUGUUUCCACUUGGCUGAUCAUUAGCAUAUUCCGAUCCGUCUGGCUCAGGAAGAGAGGAGAAAAAAAGUAUGCUGAGUUUGGAAAAAUUUCGGUAAAAUCAGAUGUGUUUAGUUUCGGGGUCAUGCUAUUGGAGAUCGUCAGUGGCAAGAGGAACAGCGAAUUUACUACAAAGGAUGAUUCCUUGACCUUGAUUGGGCAUGUAAGAGACUUCUAG